AUGUUCAAACUGGCAACUGAUAACUUUGUUUUUGAAAGUUCAGUGCGUCAUUUAGCUUUCAUCUGGAAAGCCUACAGAAGUGCAACUAUUCGCAUAAACGCUUAUAACGACUCUUGCAACGAAACGUCUGCAACGUUAAAGAAUGUUCCUGAUCUCUUGUCCGAUGUUUCUGGUGCUGGCCAGUUUUGCAUCCACAUUUUACAGUGCAUCUGCAGCAUAUUUCAAGGUGACGAUAUGUCAAAGAAUCCGACAUUCUUGGGCAUAAACAAGAGACUUUUGAGAAAGAACACGAUAAAUGGUGUGUUCCCUUAUCGAAGGGAGAUGUAUGGGGUCACAUUUAACACUGCCAAAGAUUCAUGCGCUCAAGCUGGCGAGACCAACCAGGGCACUCUUCGACUGAAAAGAAUCUGGGCGGUAUUCUAUAACAAAGAAACGAAAAUUGUAAAAUCCAUCAGAGCUUCCGUCGUUAAACACGAUGCGAUUGUUGGUGCUUCUAUAUUUACAUACAACGGGACAAUGACCAACAUGCGUAUCGGGAUCUACAUUUUGAUUGUCCGUUUUUCGAAAAUCCGCGAAAAUGAGAAUCCGGAAACGAAUAUAUUUCUGACGUCGAAAACUUCGUGGUCUAAAGAUAAACUCUCGAAUGCCGGUGUUGGCUUGGAUUUCUCAGAAAUGUAUUUCGAAUCACCCUUCGCGUUGAAAAUUGACAUCGAAGAAUUGACAAAAGCCGGAGAGGUCGAUCGAGGAAGUUAUACACUUAAUCAGUGUUGGGAUGAUAAGAAAUGGAUUGCAAAUGAGGGUCUUUACCAGCUAAACGUCGUCAACGGGAAAUGGUAUCCUGUAUAUUAUAACCCUCGAAAUGCAGAUUUUUACUAUGAAUACGAUUAA